AUGCAAGACAGCUCUGAGAACCUGGGGGCCCUGGAGCUACGGGUAUUGAAGAGCUCAAGAUGGCGCUGGGGAAAAUUAAGUAAUAUUACAGUAAGAAGGUGUGAGAUUAGACGACAAAUCAGACAACAGAUCAGACAACAAAUCAGACAACAUAUCAGACAACAAAUGACCCUGGAUGCGGCCUCGGCUCACCCGGAUCUCAUCAUUUCCCAGGAUCUGAAGACAGUGACGCUGGACCAGCUUUCUCAAAGCGGCUGGACUGAGCCCACCGACCCUGAGCGCUUCCAUCCGUUCCGCUGUGUCCUGGGCUUGCCCGGCUUCUCCUCCGGCUGCCAGGCCUGGGAGGCGGAGCUCCAAGGGCCCGGGGGCGGGAGCUGCGUGGUGGGCGUGGCCUCAGAGCCAGUACCACGGAGGGGCAUGCUGGCGUUGGUGCCCUUAACCGGCUUCUGGGCGCUGCGCAUCGCAGGCUCCGAGGGCCAGGCGCUCACCAAGGCCGGCACCCGGGAGGAUCUCUCGGUCUGUCCCAGGAAAGAGGGCGUCCGCGUGAAUCACGAAUGCGGGGAGGUAGUCUUCUACGACGCCACUACCAGCAGCCACAUCUACACCUUCCAGGCCAGGUCUUCCCCUUUUUCCGGCUCUUGUUUCCCGCCACCCAGAUCACCCUGA